CUGUCCCAGAACACAACUUGCAGCAAGGAGGAACUGCAGAAGAAAUGGAAGGGUCUGUGUUUACCAUCGGAUCAGCUGGAGACCCUGCUGUCGCUGGGCAGCUUCAGCUCAGAAAUUGACUGGAUGGAGUUUUUYGCCCUGGGCUGCAGCGCUCUGGGAGGGACCCUCAUGAGUUCUCUGAAGUUUGCCUGUGAGAUCCUGACAGAGGAUGAGGAGGACAGUGCUGCGAGGAUCCCGUUUGACACCUUUGGGAAAAUUUACACUUAUCUGGCUCACCUGGACGGAGACAUGCAACAGGACCAAAUU